AUGAUUUUUUAUAUGCUAUAAAAUAAGCAAUCAAUUAACUUGAACUUAGGCAGCCUCGAUAUGCCCCAUUUUAUGACAUUCUUACAAGAGUUCACUACUGUUUUCAAUAAAUUCAAUGCUUAGUAAGAUGAUAUCGCAUAUUCCUUCAUCAUAAAUUGUAUAUUUUAGAGAGAUAAUUACGUGUUUGCCCAACUUUGCAGUGACUAGCAAUCAAAAAAUAAGGCUUUAUGA